GUAAAUAAACUUUGAUUCUUCGCAAGUCGGUGGCAUAUCUCGGCGGUUUCGCAAGCAUCGUUGAACGCGAGAGGGGUUCUUCGUAAAUUCGUAUAGAUCUCGGCGGCCGAUUGGGCCGAGUCCGUUGGAAGCUGUGCUGUAUGUACCCCGAACUCGAUGGCGCAUAAUGAGCAAAACACCGUCGCGGCUGCGGAUGCCAUCGAAAGCAUCGCUCGAGCGAAUCUUCUCCCAACAAACGAGAAAUUGGACAACGCGAUCGCGAACUCUCAGAAGCACAACUUGCCAGAGAUCACUGUUGCCCCGCUCCAAGGCCAAUUUCUCGCCAUUCAGUGUAAGCUCAUAGGCGCCAAGGAAGUUCUCGAGAUUGGUACCCUGGGCGGGUAUUCAACCAUCUGGCUCGCCGAAGCGGGAGCAAAAGUCACUAGCAUUGAGAUCAACCCAAAGCAUCGCGAUGUAGCCCUUGAUAAUGUCUCGGGGCUGGACGUCGAGAUUAUACUCGGCUCCGCUCUGGAUGUCCUACCCAAGCUGGACGCAGAGGGCCGCAAGUUUGACAUGGUGUUUUGCGAUGCAUCAUGGGGCGAGCAGGAGAAGUACUUUGACUGGGCGGUGAAACUGACCAGACCGAAGGGAUGCAUCUACGUGGAUAAUGUUGUGUGGAACAUCUUGGGUCAAGAUAAGGCAAAGGAGGGGAAAGAGUCGUUGUUGACCCAUGUCGGGAAGGAUAAAAGGGUCACGGCGACGGUCGUUCCCAUGAUAUCAACCGCGCAUACGGUCCAUGAAGGCCACCCUGUUUUGGACGGCUUUUUGUUAGCAGUAGUCAACUAGGAACACCCGGUACAAGCUGGGAAUGAGGAGAACGCAACGAGUCAGCGAAUGGCCUUGUACAUGACUGGUUGAGUGUUGCUCUUGUGUAUGUUGGGU